CUACUUGUUUCAAGGCUCCAAGCCUAAAAAGGAAGGGAGACACACUUGGAAAAAUCAAUCCCUUCCCUUCAUGGUUAUCAUCUCCUUUGCCAUUUUCUCCCUCCCUAGUCCUUAGUUGACUACAUUAUCCAUUCCUCUGUUUUUGCUUCCAAUAAUUCCCUCUUUGAUUGUUUUCCAUAAAUAAUAAGAAUUCCCUCUUUGAUUGCCCAAUCUUUUUUUGGACAUAUGGCUUCUUGUCAGAAAUUUCAGGGUUAGGAAGUCAAGCCAAGUCUCCUCCUUUACUUUUUAACUUCUGCAAUUUGUCCUCAAACUUCUUCCACUAUAUCUUUCUUCUCCAAUUCUUCAACUUUCCAAGUUUCCCACCUUUUUUUUGUUUCAGUGCUACUGGGCAGCCUUACAAGUAAAUUAGGACCAAAUUCUUGCUCAGCUUGUGUGCUUGCUUCUGGGAUUUUCUCAGGUACUUGAGUGAAGAAUUUGAUUGAGGUAAUCGAAAUGGAGAAUAAAAAUUCAGGAAAAGAUAAUGUUGGAGGUGUUAUAAGUUAGGUAGAGCUCAGGUGUACAUUGGGGCUUCUUGUCGUCUUUGUUCCACAAGGCUUGGAGAUUGGAGUUUUGGUUGAUUUGGUGGAGAAAGUUAGGGUGUUAGGGUCCCUUUAUGGAGUCAUCCUCAUCCGGUUCAUUGAAGAGGGCUAGAGCACCUGGAAGUGGGAACCAGGUACCUUCCUGCUUGGUUGAUGGAUGCACAGCAGACCUCAGCAAGUGCAGGGAUUAUCAUCGACGCCAUAAAGUAUGUGAGGUUCACUCUAAGACCCCAAAGGUCACAAUUAGGGGUCAGGAACAACGAUUUUGCCAGCAAUGCAGCAGGUUUCAUUCAUUGGUGGAGUUUGACGAGGGCAAGAGAAGCUGCAGGAAACGUCUUGAUGGACAUAACAGGCGUAGGAGGAAGCCACGACCAGAUUCUCUGUCAAUAACUUCUGGAGGUCCUAGGUUUGUACCACUCAAUAGGCCUCAUAUAUUUUCAACUACGGCCCUAACCUCUGCCUGGGUUGGGACAAUCAAAGCAGAAACCAAUAUGCAUUCAGAGUUAAACUUCAGCAGCAGAAAUAACCUGUUUCCGGGAUCUUCAUCUCACAACUACAAAGGAGAAAAGCAGUUCCCAUUCUUACACCCCAGUUCCACUCUCACUGCAGUUUCUGCUUGCCAACCCUUUCUUGAUCCUAAUUCCUCACCAGGCAAUGGUGGCAGCAGCCGGAGAAUGUUCUCUACAGGGUUAAACCAAGUAAUCAAUUCGAAUCGUGCUCUCUCUCUUCUGUCAUCUCCACCGACUGAGACUCGGGAGAUUGGUUUGAGCUCCAUGGGGCAUCCUGACCAACAACAAUCCCUGAUCCCAAAUUUGCAUUACAAUGGGCUGGGAAUGGAAGGUGAGCAAGUAGGAUCAUUUCUAUCCUUUGACGGAAGUACUUCUAAUACCAACCUUCAUCCCCAUGGACCGGAUUUGUUCCGGUCCCAGCAUCACGGAUCCUCUGCCACUAGUACUCACCAAACCCUCUCAUUCUCAUGGAAGUAGCCUGCAGCCAUUUCCUGCUCACUCCAAUCAAAUACUCAUUUCCUUUGUCCUUCAAAUUAGAGGCGAUGCUUCUGUUUUACAAUGCAAAUGUAUGAAUAAUUUGUAGCCAUCGAUGGAGUCUCCGACCCUGUUGUUACAUGUAUGAAUCGGAAUACUUUUCCGGCAAGCUUAAAUCUUGAAAUGCUUAUUCCUGUGAUGCCUGGUUAUUUGUAUCUGGGAAGAGCGAUUUGCCCGUCUUUCCAUUAAGGACCAAGCCUUUGUUUGGAUUAAAGGUGUGGGAGGGGCAGAACCGAGGAGAGGUGUGUUUGGAUAAAAUUGUUAAUGGAGAUAAAGAAAGGAAGCUAGAUGGAAGAGGAUUAAAGGCAAAAGCCUACUUUAACCUCUCACCUUAUUAAAUUUAAAAGUUUUAC